AUCUCCUCUCUCCGUUUCUCAUCCCAACCCUCGAUUUCUUUUAUCCGGAGAUAAUCUAAGGAUCUCACUGUCCGGUUCUCAUUUGUUUCCCGCCAUUGUCAUCGCCACUUCUGUUUACCUUCUGUCCUCAAGGCUCUUUGUUCUGCACGUCAUCUUCUCGAAACCCGAACGCGCUUGUUCCGGGCCCCCAAUUCAAGGGAUCCAAACUGGGCUGAGCUCCAGUGUACUCCCUUGAUUGUGCUAGUGUCGGGGGAGGAUUUUAUUUGACGCGGAUUGCUACUGACAACCUCUGCUUGAUAUUCCUACUCCUGUGCUCCUUCAUCUCGAGCCCCAAUCUGUCACGCCUGUUCUCUAGUCCAAUCUCUGUUGAACCUUCCGCUUGACUGUGGCAGGGAAAUUGUGCGGCGCCGCGGAUUUUGUGGAAAUUAUCUUCUUUUCAUCAUCUCCUUUUCCUGCACUUAAUAAUACAAUAUUGCCUGUACUUGGUACUCCAAGAAGAAUUUUUUAAAAAAAAGAACUACGCCCCACAUCUGCGUUACAGCGAUUGUCAAAUCCACAGGCUGGUGCCUUAUCUCUGGAUUGCUGUUUGAGGCAUCAUUCGCUUCUGGUUACAUGUACUCUCCCUGAUCAACCGAGAACGGCAGAGAGAGAAGAAAGAAAGAAAGAGAAAGGAAGAGAGUCUGUGUAUACUUCACAAACAAGCAAUCAAUUUUUGCCUUGACAUUUCGAACCUCAUCUAGACGCCAUGGCUACUGAAGAUGAUAACUUCGACAUUGAUAUCUAUGGUGAUGGUGGUGGCUAUAAUGCCAACGAACAUGGGGACUACAAACAGGAAGAGCCUGAUAUCAUCCUAGACGCCCCUGAUAAUACCCAUAAUGAUGCUGCACAUGGUGAAGGAACAAAAUACAGUAAUGGAGACAGUCAUACUGCAAAUGGCGGACAUGUAACGACUUCGGACGCCGCCAAUCUUCCACAGGGUGUGAAGCGCAAGGAUCUGGACGACCGCCCAUCCGACCCGGAUGCAACAACUGCCUUGCUCAUUUCCGACCUGUACUGGUGGACUACUGACGAUGACAUCCGUGGCUGGGUUAAUCAGGCUGGUUGCGAAGACGAACUCAAAGACGUAACUUUCAGUGAGCACAAGGUGAACGGGAAAAGCAAGGGCCAAGCGUAUGUUGAAUUUACGACUACACAAGCAGCAACUGCCACUAAGCAUAAGAUUGAAUCCAUGAACGUAUCCGGUCAGGGUGGCCGGAAGCAUAUGGUCGCCUAUACCUAUCCUCAAGCGAAUCCCUUCCGCACAUUGCCCAAGGAUGCUCCUAUGAGGAAGGACAGCCAAGUCAGGGGAGGCUUCAAUUCACCGAUGAAUCAGAAUAUGAAUUUUAUGAACAACAUGGGCGGAGGUUUUCGUGGCCGCGGCUUCAAUAACCGCGGCGGUAUGAACAACAACAUGGGCUACCGCAACUUCGGCCAGCCCAUGGGAGGCUUCCAAACUGGCCCGAUGGUCGGUGGCGGGUUUCAGGGAGGUCAGAUGGGAGGAAUGCCCAACUAUGGGGGAUUCAACAAUCGUGGGAACAUGAUGGGUAGUGGUAUGCGUGGUGGCGGCAUGCGUGGCCGCGGAGGUGGUCCCAUGGGCGCUCCGAACAUGAUGGGCAUGCCUACCAUGGGCCCGAUGGGCGGCAUGGGCAUGACUCCAAUGGCCGGGGGUAUGAACCCGAUGAUGGGUGGAAUGGGUGGAAAUAUGGGCAUGCAGGGUCAAGGUGGUUUCCAGGGCCCCAAUACCCCCUUUAACCAGGGCUUCUUCCCUAACCAGGGCAUGGGAGACGGGGCGUGGAACCCUCAUGGCGCGAAGCGCAGUCGACAGGAGUAGAGAGACUUUGAAACUCUCCAAUGCAAGUCUCUUUUCUUUCUCCUUUUCUACUCUUGAUUAACGCUGGACAGUAUCAGCUUCAUCUUCUUAUAUUUCCCUUUUUCUUCAAAUUGCUAUUCAUUAACUAACGGAUCAUGGAGCAAAUGGGGGGCGGGUUUGAUUUGGGUUCUUUUUUUUUCACAUUCAACUCUUUUCUUUCGGAUGUAUUAGAUGAAUAAAUGUUGUUCUCCUUCUUUUCUUCUGAGAAAUACAUGUUUAGCUGAUAUCAGUGUCCAUUCUGCCCUCUUCCUAUUCCCCCUGCCCACCAUGGUUCUGGUCUGGUCAUUUGCAUUGUCUGUCCAUCUGUCUAUCUGUCUGUCCCUUACCUGUAAUAAUGUUCAAAUCCAAAAAUCUGGGGUAUGAAUAGCUAGCUCCCCAGUACGGAUACUAGGAGCAGUUUUUCUUUUUUUUUAUCUCCCUGUUUUUUCUGUUCAUAUUUCAUGUUGUCUGAUUGAUAUACCCUAACUUUUAGUAUAGUGGCAUCUAUGUCUGUUUGAUCUGUUAACUCAAGGAUUCUGUUUUAUGUCUCUUGUAUUUAGAUGGAAAAUUAUUCUAGUUAUUGAGUUCACCCAAUGCUGCUGCUGGUGCAUU